AUGGGGGAGAAGAUGGAUGACAUUGCUGUGGUGGAGAAGGUGUUACGAGCAGUGACACCAAAGUUCCUACAAAUUGCUUCCACAUUGAAGCAGUUCGGUAACUUGAGGGAGAUGACGGCCAAGGAGGUGUUUGGCCGGCUCAAAGCACAUGAGGAGCGGCAACGAGGUUUUGACGACAAGGAGGGUGAGCACUCACUGCUGAUGAGGGCUGAAUGGGAGGCCAAGGCGAAGAAGAAAGGAGGCGAGGGCUUCGGUAGUGGCUGGAAAGAGCGAGAUGGAGGAGGUAGUCGUGGGCGCGGCGGUGGUCGUGGCCGUGGCCGGGGACAUGGGCGCAGCGAUGAGGAGCGCUCCAACGACUCUAGCAAGAAAUAUCACAAGUUCGACAAGGCGAAGGUCCGCUGGUAUAACUGUCAGAAUCAUGGUCAUUAUGCUUUUGAAUGCCGAAAGCCGAAGGAGGAGAGAGCCCACUUUGCUGAAAAGCAACACGACGAUGAACCUACAUUACUUCUGACCGAGGAGUGCGAGUCCCUGUACACGACUCAAGGAGAGGGAGAAAAUAUGAUGUUUCACGAAGAAAAUAUGAAGCCAAAGCUGAGCAGCGAAGAAGUGAUCUACGAGACCGACAUUUGGUACCUGGAUACUGGUGCUAGCAACCAUAUAACUGGUUGUAGGAAGAAAUUCUCAGACCUCGAUGAGAAGGUGUGCGGCAGAGUCAAAUUCGGCGAUGGCUCGGUCGUGGAGAUACAAGGGAGAGGAAUGUAG